UAUCGAUAGAUGAUUUAUUAGUGCUGCCUGUGGAUGUUUUUUUUUUGUGAUUGUGUCAAUACAAAUACACGGUUUUCUGCAAUUUAAUCCGCUAAUAUCAGACGUGGAGUUAUGCUAGAAGCGGCGUUGCAAGUGACCAGCCAACAGUGCGGCCCGGAAUGUAUGUGAAUCGGUGGUGCAGCAGCCAACUCCGCCGAAAAGCCAACUGCUUUUAACCUUAGUUGACAUUGAAAUGUACCCGCUUAGUGGACACGGAGUUGGCAUUCGUUAUUAAUUAAAUCAGCUCAGUAGCCGCCUCAGUCGCCGUUGCCGUUGCCGUCGUCGUCGCCAACAGCUGAGCGCAAGUGAAAGAGUGAGAGAAACCAAACGAGAGACAAACCGAGCGAGCGAGAGAGAAAGAGAGACAGUAGGCCCCCCGGAAUAGGGAUUUUCCAUUCCCCCCUACCUCCAACAAAAAAAAAAAAUACCAUUCACGAAAGUUAACGGCACAACGAAGCAGCCACCAGAAGCAGCAGCAACCAUCAGCGGCACUUGAGCAGUUGUUACCUCCAAAAAUAAUCGUUUAAGCGGCAACAUUUCACUGGAUCUAAUGGCCAAGGACGAGGAGGAUGAUCUGUUGCCGGACAAGGAUGCCGCCAAGGGUUUCUAUGCCAAAUACGAGCCCAAGGAGAUUCUGGGCAGGGGCAUCAGCUCAACGGUACGGCGAUGCAUCGAAAAGGAGACCGGCAAGGAGUUUGCCGCCAAGAUCAUCGAUUUGGGCGCCACCACAGAAGCCGGUGAAACGAAUCCAUAUCACAUGCUCGAAGCAACCAGACAAGAAAUCUCAAUACUGCGCCAGGUCAUGGGGCAUCCCUACAUAAUUGAUCUACAGGAUGUGUUCGAGUCAGAUGCAUUUGUUUUCCUUGUCUUUGAGCUCUGUCCCAAGGGUGAGCUCUUCGACUAUCUGACCUCUGUGGUGACUUUAUCGGAGAAGAAGACUCGCACUAUUAUGCGACAGAUAUUCGAGGGCGUUGAGUAUAUCCAUGCCAAGAAUAUCGUACAUCGUGACUUGAAGCCCGAGAAUAUAUUGCUGGAUGAGAAUCAUAAUGUUAAGAUCACCGAUUUUGGUUUCGCCAGGCAGCUGCAAGAAGGCGAGAAACUUACAGAUCUGUGUGGAACACCUGGAUACUUGGCGCCGGAAACGCUCAAGUGCAACAUGUUCGAGGGCUCACCCGGCUAUUCCCAGGAAGUGGAUAUAUGGGCCUGUGGCGUGAUUAUGUUCACGUUGCUCGUCGGUUGUCCACCCUUCUGGCACCGCAAACAGAUGGUCAUGUUGCGAAAUAUAAUGGAGGGCAAAUACAGCUUCACCUCGCCCGAAUGGGCAGAUAUUUCAGAGGAUCCAAAGGAUCUGAUACGUAAAUGUCUAGUCGUUGAUCCUGCGCAACGUAUCACCGUCAAGGAAGUAUUAAGACAUCCAUUCUUCAACCAAAUGGUGCUGAUGGGUGAACGCCGCCAUCCGACGGUAUCCAGUCGCUAUCCCCACCUGCAGGGCGAGGUGGGGGCUAAUGGCGGUACGGCAGCCGCUUCGGGCAGCGCCUCGUUCCGCUUUGGGCAGCUGAACAGUCCCGCCUACUUGUACUAUGGUGCGCCCCAGAGCUCCUACUCCUCGAACCGGAUGCGUGACGGCCCACUGGACGAUGCCAUUGCAUCUGUAUCCGCAUCCGCAUCCGCCUGCCAAGCCUCCACCUCAUCAGUAAACACCUCCGCCUCAGUAGCCAUAGUAGCCUCCACUUCUGCCACUGCAUCUGCCUCCGCCAUAGCCACCACAUCUGGCGCUGCCUUGGCGUCUGCCAUCUCCCACGCUCCCACACCCAAAACGCUCACGGCAACGGUCUACUAUCAGCAACAGCCGCAACAGCAACCGACGCAGUCACAGUCGCAGCAGCAGCAGCAACAGCAGCUACAACAGCAACAACCAAUGACGCAGCCGUUGCAGUUGCAAUUGCAACAGCCAGGCGACAGUCCAGGCGGCAAGCACUCCUUGUUCUAUGCACCAAUACCAGUGCAGCUGCGGAAACAGAGUCGCUUCAACGCACGCAAAAAGUUCCAAUUUGCCAUAUUGGUGAUAAGGGCCGUAAUCCGGAUACGUCGUCUCCGGUAUACCGCCGAGCCGCUUCACGUUGAGGAGGCGAUCCGGGAUCCGUACCGCGUCAAGGUUCUUCGCAAGGUUAUCGAUGGCUGUGCCUUCCGUGUCUAUGGCCACUGGGUGAAGAAGGGCGAGGGCCAGAACCGGGCCGCCCUCUUCGAGAAUACUCCGCGCACCGAGCUCCAUGCACUCUACAUCAACAAUCUCAGUCGAUAGGGGGCGGUGCUCGCAACUGGGCGUGGUCGCUGCUAAGCUAUUUAAGCACAAAACACACACACACAAAGAACGGAAGGAAGGAUAAGCUAAAGCAAAAGCUAAAGCCAUAAGUAAGCAACAACAGAAAAAAAAACGAAUUAAGAAAAGUUACUAGAAAUGAAACAUAUACUGGAGAUCGACAGGAGAUUGAAAGGAUAAACACCAAAAAAAAAAGGACAUGCCUUCGUUAUCGAUAUCGCCUCGUUCAGCAAUCGCUUCCAAAAACCAAACAGUGAAAAGCACAAAAAAACACACAGGUGUACAUAUGUAUAGUUGUUCUCUCUCAGCCUUUAUGUCCUUGUGAUUUUGUUUAUUCUAUUUAAUAUUUUUUUUUUUUUACGAUAA